AUUAGUUAGGGAAGACUAUUAUGGAGUCAACAAGUUUACCUAGAAAAUGUAUAAAUUUUAUUGCUUCAAGUCUAUGCAUUUCAUUGACAUGAAAUCACUAGGAAACAUAAAGUGGAAGACUUCAGAUCAUCAAAUCUUUAUGUACAUGAGAUCAGUAGAUUCCUCUAGCCUGUAAGUCAGAGUGGAAGAAGCUUAGUGGAAGACUUAGGGGUCUUUGUUGAAUAAAUAGCGUCCACUUUGAAGAAUUAUGAAGUGACAGACUUUGAAUCAUCAAAAUUUUAUAGUACAUAGCAAUUAAAUAAUCAAAACCUUACAAUCCCUAGCAUUGAGUGAAAAUUUCUCAAUGGACGCACCACACAAGCAAGCAUUUCUCUACCACCUUCUCAUCCUCAUUCUCGGCUGCCAUGCCAAUGACAUGCUUUCUCUCCUCUCCUUCAAGUCUUCCAUUUCUCAAGAUCCACAGCAAGCUCUAGCCUCAUGGAAUGAUUCUUCACUCAACUACUGCAAUUGGCAAGGAGUGAAGUGCAGCCUCAGGCAUUCCUACAAGGUCAUUGAGCUUAACCUUGAUGCUUUCAACAUCACUGGAACCAUACCUCCCUCCAUUGCCAACCUCACUUUCCUCCAAAGACUCAAUCUACCAAACAACCAUCUCCAUGGCCACAUCCCACGAGAGCUCGGGAGGCUGCGGCACCUUCGUUUCCUUAACUUGAGUGCAAAUUCUCUUACAGGUGAAAUACCAAGCACUCUUUCUCAGUGUUCUCAGCUCCAAGUCAUCAGUUUAAUGGUUAACAAGCUACAAGGAGAGCUUCCAUCCAACCUCUCCAACUGCCUUAACCUUAAGAUCAUUACUCUAAAAAACAACUUCCUCACAGGAAGCAUUCCUUCAGUUUUCAGCACCCUCCCAAAACUCAUCUACCUUGACUUAAGCAUCAAUAAUCUCACUGGUAUUAUUCCUUCUUCACUUGGAAAUAUCACCAAUUUCUUUACUCUUGAUGUGUCAGAGAAUAUGAUCACCGGUACCAUACCUUCAUCUCUGACAAGGCUCUCCUCUCUUAUGUUUCUUUUACUGAACAAAAACAGUCUUACAGGAAGCCUCCCUUCUUCCAUUGGCAACAUCUCUUCACUUCAAUAUCUUGACAUGUCCAAUAACAACCUCAUAGGGGAGCUACCAUAUUCACUUGGGAACCUCUCUUCCCUCACCUAUUUUGAUGUUACACUGAACUCCUUCACUGGUGUCAUACCAUCAUCACUUGGUGGUCUAUCCAUGCUCACCACCCUUGCAUUGACUGCAAACUACUUCUCUGGCAGCAUCCCACAUUCUCUUGGAUCCUUGUCUUCUAUCAUAGAACUAGUCAUCUCCCAUAAUCAGCUUUCAGGGACAAUUCCUCUCUCUCUCUUCAACUUUUCAAGCGUUGAGAGCAUUGGUCUUUCAGACAACCACUUCUAUGGUAAUCUUCCUCAGGACUUGGGAAACUAUCUUCCCCGACUUAGAGGGCUUACUAUGUACUAUAACAGACUUCAUGGACCGAUCCCAGCGUCUUUAGCAAAUGCCACGAUGCUUGAGGACAUUGAACUCUCAGGAAACAAUCUCGCAGGGAAGAUUCCUGCAAACUUGGGCAACUUGCAAAAUCUAUUCUUUCUGACCUUAAAUCACAAUGAACUGGAAGCUAAGGAUGAUUAUGGAUGGAGCUUCCUCACUUCCUUGGAGAAUUGCAGUCAAUUAGAAGUUCUGCAAUUAGAGAGAAAUAUGUUAGGAGGAGCAUUGCCUCGAUCGAUUUCCAACUUCUCCACAUGCCUAAGCUGGUUUACUUUAGGAGGGAAUCAGAUAUCAGGAACCUUACCAGAAGAAAUUGGGAACCUUGUUAGCCUUGUAUUUCUUUCCUUGGAUGAAAACAAUUUUGAAGGCAACAUUCCAGCCACAAUGAAUAAGCUUCAGAACUUACAGAAACUUUACCUGUCCAAUAACAAGUUCUCUGGCCCAAUUUCAAGUUCUAUUGGCAAUUUAACCAAACUAAUAGAAUUGUACAUGCCAGGCAAUGCUUUGGAAGGAAGCAUACCAGAAAGCCUUAGGGAAUGUCAAAGUCUGGAAACACUGGACCUUUCAAGAAAUAGGCUUACGGGAGCCAUACCAAAAGAGAUUUUUAGCAUUAACUCUCUUUCUAAAACCUUCGAUUUGUCCCAAAAUUUACUUACUGGGUUCUUUCCACAAGAGGUUAGAAAUUUGAAAAAUCUCAGAGAGUUUCGUCUUGCUUCAAACAAUCUGUCUGGCGAGAUUCCCAGCACCCUUGGAGAUUGUGUGACCUUGGAAAUUCUUUCUAUGGAAAGCAACCAGUUUCAAGGGAAAAUCCCCCAAUCCUUGAACAACUUGAAAGGAAUACAAAAGCUAGAUAUUUCACAAAACAAAUUAUCUGGUCUCAUUCCAGAAUUCUUAGAGGACUUGAGUUUUCUGCAGUAUUUGAAUCUCUCUUUCAAUAAUUUUGAGGGCGAGGUUCCAAGGAAAGGGGUCUUCAGAAAUGCAAGUGCUGUUUCACUGAUUGGGAAUGAUAAGCUUUGUGGAGGAGAUCCAAGAUUAAACCUUUCACCUUGCGCUUUACAAAACCAGAUGACAAGCCAUCACUCUCCCCGACUCAAACUGAUUCUAUCAGUUUCAAUCUCAGCUCUUUUUCUGUUCCUUUUAGUGUGUUUACUCGCCUUUUGGUACUGGUUACACAACCGAAGAAAUAAGACUCCAGCCUCAGAUUCUAUGAAAGACUUUCAUCCAAAAGUUUCCUUCUCUGAGCUCCUCAAAGCAACAGAUGGAUUCUCAUUAGAAAACCUGAUCGGUGCAGGAACUUUUGGCACAGUGUAUAAGGGGAUUAUAGACCUAGGUGAGCAGAAGAUUGUUGCCAUUAAAGUAAUGAAACUUGAACAACUUGGCGCGUCAAAGAGUUUUGUAGCUGAAUGCAAUGCUUUGAGAAGUAUCAGGCAUCGAAAUCUUAUUAAGAUAAUAAGUUCCUGCUCAAGCGUUGAUUAUAAAGGAGAUGAAUUUAAUGCUCUAGUUUUUGAGUACAUGCCUAAUGGAAGCCUGGAGAAUUGGCUCCACCCAGAAGAACAAGAUCAGAAUCAAGAGAAGAGUCUAAGUCUCAUUCAGAGGCUAAACAUAGCUAUUGAUGUUGCCUCUGCGCUGGAUUAUCUUCACCACCAUGGACAAACACCGAUUGUUCACUGUGAUCUGAAGCCUAGCAAUGUUCUUCUUGACGAUGACAUGACUGCCCAUGUUGCAGACUUUGGAUUGGCCAGGUUUCUUACUGCAACUACAAACAGACCAUCUCAGAAUUCAUCCAUG